UCCUGCGCAACACUUGCAACAAUGUUGUCUAGCGUUGAUCGCGAAACGCAAGAGACAGAGACAGUGACUUCAAGUCUUCCGAGCGACUUCGGAUCGCAGAGCGUUACCGUUCAACAGAUCAGGUAGUAAGGGCGUUGCCUGUGUCAAUUCCCAUGGGAACGGCUAGUCAUCAACAACUCGUCAUGUCAUUGGGUAGGGACAGCCAGGCAUCACGCGAUGUAGCAACCAAUGGAAAGCUAGAAGAUCGACUAGAUCUGCCCGGACUAGAGAUUGUGAAGGAAGCGUUCGAGGUAGGACUCUACUUGUAACUAUUGAGGAAGCCAUUAGAUCACGUGACCUGUGGCAUGUAGUCUGGUGGGAAAGAGAGUGGUUUUCUCACGAAGGAGGAGUUUGAGAAUGCUGUGUCUAGAGCAGUGGAAGUGCAUGAAAAAGUAGUGGGAAAUCAGAUUGCAGAUCUAUUUACUAACAUUGACGUCUCAUCCGAAGGAAAAAUAUCUCUAGACCAGUUUUGUUCGUACAUGCUGAUGUGUUAUAACGAGAAAGAAGACAAAGUGAAAGCAACACAGGUUCCGCAGUGGAAGCCGGUUCGAGUCAUUCAGAAUCGACACAAGAAGGAAAUUCAAGGAGUUGAGCUGUUUAGAAGUCCUCAACGCUAUGUGACUGUCAGUAAGGACGGUUGUCUGUCUACUUGGAAGCUGAACAUGCAGAUGAAAGACUUAAUACGAAUACAGAGGGAACAUAUUGAUAGACGAGAUCUCUGGGUAACGUCGUUUAGUGUGAUGCCUCAGCUGAAUAGACUUAUUAUAGCAUUGACAACCAAGGAAAUAUUGAUUUAUGACAUCACAGCUUUGCCAGAAUGUACGUGUCAGGUUUCAAUUGGGGGAUUCACUACAACACCAAUUUCUUUGUGUUCUUGGAGCACUGACGAAGAUGUCAGUGAAUCAGGAAUUGUUGUUGGUGAUUCAGAAGGAAAUGUAUCUGCAAUCAUUGUUUCUGAUUCUGCUGAGAAUUUCUUUCCAGUGAAGUUUGCAAAGCUUGGGAAGCAAAUCUCUACUAGUAGUCAUGAUGAUGAUACUUUAGUGUCGUUGCCUACAAUCAGCGUUAGUGACAUAAAAGCGGGAAAAUAUAAAGACAUUCGUGUGGUCACUCACUCUGAACACAAAGGUUGGGUUAGAAAAGUCAAGUAUUAUGCCAGUUUGGAUGCUGUCAUAUCAUGUGCAACAUCGGAUCGCAACUCAAUUGUCCUCGCUUACAUAGAAAAGGCUACAAACCUAAUGAGAACUAUCAACUUCUCUGUGAAACAAGGAAUAAACGACUUUGACUACAGCCGAUCUGUCAAUUUAAUAGUUUCAGCUGGAGUUGAUCGUAUGAUUAGACUAUGGAAUCCUUACGUCACAUCAAAACCAGUUGGUAUAAUGGAAGGUCACACAUCACCCGUUGUUGCUAUUCUUAUCUGCUCGAGUCGAGGCCAGAUCUUCAGUUUGUGUGCUCAGAAGGUGUUACGAGUGUGGGACAUUAAGCUGCAAGCGUGUCUCCAGGUGAUGUCUGGAAUAUUUCCUCGAGGACCACCAGUUGCAACAAACAUGGUUUUUGAGGAGGAACAUAGCAGGCUCUUUGCAUCGUUUAAUAAUCAGCUGUGUCUAGCGGAGAUCAGGCAUGAUGCAAAAAACAGAGUUGUGACUCACGAGAAGUCGGUUGUGUGUGUUGUCUACAGCAGCAGAUAUAAUCAGGUGUUAACUGCAGGUGCUGAUUCUGUUAUUGCUGCGUGGAUACUUGAUACGGGACAGAGAGUUUGGAAGAUAUUUCAUGCUCACGGUGAGGCUGAAAUCACAUGCAUUUCGGUGACAUCUAAUCAAUUGCGGUUUGUAACGGGUGGAACUGAUGGUCUAAUAAAGAUUUGGGAUAUGAAUAAUGGAACAUUGAGAAAUACUUUACUUGCUGCUGAUGGGCUCUCAGUGGAUAUCACCGACUUGGUGAUUGUUGAACAAGGAGUGGUUGCUGUAGGAUGGGCAAGAGUUCCUGCUUUCCUGCAAACUGAAGACUUGACAAAUUCUGAAUCUAUCUCUAGCGAGUGGACUGCAGGAAGAGAGCAUCGCAAUGACAUCACAUGUGUGGCGUUUUCUUCCCCUCAUCACAUAGCCACAGCGUCUCUGGAUGGAGAAGUCAUUCUAUGGAACAUUUACUCUCAAGAGAUGGACAUACAACUGAAUACUCAAUUGAAGACGAAACCUAGUGGUGUAGGGCGGCGAUCUCCACCAAAGCCACGUCGUUCUUCAUCCAAGAUGCAAGGCUGCAGCCUUAGUAGCAAAGUAGAAGCUCAAGAGAGGCCGCUCUCUGUUAAUAGACUUGUCUUUUUGGAUCGAAGGAUUUCACGUCGGUCUGCAGCUCAGCUGGUUGGCUGUGGUAGUCAGGGAUGGGUACGUUUCUGGAGCAUCUACAGCGGGCAGUGUAUGGCCGAGUUUAUCUCUUUCCCAGGAGUGACAGCAAUUGUAGCUCUUGCAACAGACGCCAGUAACACAGUACUGGCUACAGGAAGCCCAAAUGGAGACAUGAGCUUGUGGAGGAUAAAAUCAUAUUGCACAAGGAAUACUGAAAACAUUCCUCCAGUUUGUAUUUGUGCCUGGAUUGCUCAUUUGGAUGCUGUCACUUCCAUCUUGCUUGUAAACCGUGGAUCCUCACUCUUUGUCGUCACAGCAUCGACUGACUGCUGCUGUUGUGUGUGGGACACCUCGGGAACUCAAAUUGGUGUUUUUGGACAGGACAACCACUGGAAACUUCAAUCUACAUCUCGUUUGGCGAAAGAAGAAAAUCCUGAAUCAACGUCGUUCGUUUCAACAUCGCAGUCAGACCUUCAUCGCAAAGGACAAUACGAAGUUUUCAGUAAAUCCAAGUUACCACCUAUUGAUGAAAUUCCGAGCUCGUCGGUUACUCAAUUGAAAGGAGAAGUGGACGAAAUAGACAAUGAGAGUCCGCCGGCUGUUGAGAACAAUUUAAGCGUAUUUGCGGCCAGCGACUAUAAGACUCGUAACGUAGUGAACUCGAGCAGUGCAGACAACGGCGUAAAGAGCGUGUCCGUUUGGGACGCCACGUCGCUCGGCAUUUCGUAUGAGAUUGCAAGAAAGAGCAAGCGGCCUCGACAGCAACUGGUUUCGCUGCCUCGUUUUCGUUUGGGAAGCUCUCUUGAUCAUGAAGAUUAUCAGCCAGAGCAUCCUAUCGUUCUUGGACCAGAAGCAUCUCCGUACCAGCGUCUUCCUUUUAUUGAAAUUCACGAUCCUGGCGUUGCACUGAAGAAGCCUGCGUUGCUUGACAACUUUGAUUACUAUUUCGGCAGUCCAGACCGAAAGUCUCAAAAGUCUAUAUCGUUUCUGAAAAAACCCAAAGUCACACCACAUGCUGGAUGGAAAGCUUUGCAAGCCAAGUUUGACGAAAUGACUUUGUUUCCAAAGAAUUUUUGGGAUUCUGACGUGCGAAACAGAUACCGUUUGAAAAGCCAUAGAAGUACAGGGAGGAGCCGCCAGAAGACUCACGUGACGUUUGUUAAGCCAGCUGGUAGCUCUAGAUCAUCAACCCAAUAUAAGACUCAACUGGACUAGCAUGCUUACUGUAGGGAAUACGACCAAGUACAGCAGUAGACAGCAUUGUAUUUACAUUAGUCAAUUAACUAUUUAUGACAGGUGAGAAAGAAUAGAAUGACACUGGCAGAGAAAUAUCUAUAUUACGAGUUUUGCAUUUUACAUUUUGAACACAAAUGGUGUAAUGAUGUUAUCAGUCGUAACUAGUAAUAUAUUCGAAAUGUUGAAUGUCUA